AUCUUUACAAUUUCCAUGUAAGCACACACAUUCCCCCCAUAUGUUAGUAUUUGGUGUAUAGCAGUUAGAACGAGCGCUGGUUUGAGGUUUAGAGAGACCGGGCUGUAAGUAGGUCGGGCUGGGUUUAAGCGGCUUUAGCCUGCGUCAGCCUAAGCUGGGAGGAAUUCACCCAAAGCCCUCCGCAGUAGGCGGGGGCCUAAACGAGGCUGGCCUAGUUAAGCCUGAUUCUUAUUGUUGCCCGUGUGUGUUGUGUAACACAGAGCAGAGAAGACCUCGAUGAGAGAGAGUACAUGCAGUUAGACAGAGACUGUUUGAUUGAGAAUCCAUGAAGGGGGAGAAAGAAGAGGGACAAGGAAGAGAGUGAGUGAGAGUUAAACCAGUAUUAGCCUGAGCCUCAUCACAGAACAGAAAGAAAGGGGAGGUAGAGAACCAGACCAAAUCUCAAAAGAAGGAGAGGAAAAGAAGCGAGAUAUUGUGUUGAGUUAGUGCUGGUGUCUAGGCCUGGCUCGGUACAUUCUGGUUCCCUGGGCUAUGUUCUAAGAUGGCGUCUGGGUCCGUCUACAUGUCGUCCAGUAUGGUGGGUAAGGCUCGCUCCUCCAACUUCACCCUGUCUGAGAAACUGGACCUGCUGAAGCUGGUCCGCCCACACAUUCUCAUCCUGGAGGAGCACACCAACAAGCAUGCUGUCAUCGUGGACAAGAACAAGUGCUGGGACACAGUGUCUGAGCAGUACAACGUCCUGGGGGGGGACAGGCCCCCCCGCACUGCCCAGGGCCUACGCACCCUCUACAAGAGGCUGAAGGAGUCGGCCAAACAGGAAGUGAUGCAACGGAGACACGCCCAGCCAGAGUACAGAGGAAGUAUAUCUGAACCAACCAGGAGAGUGAUGGAGAUGAUACCUCACCUUUUCCGUCACGGAGCUAUUCACCAUGAUAAAGACCCAGCGACGAUGCACAGGGUGAUGUAUAAGCAUGACUCUCCCAUGGAGCAACCUGGCAGCAGCUCCUCCCUCCCAGACUACCCAUCAAACCCCGUCACCCACCACCUGGACCAGGAUGUGGUCAGGCUGGACCAGGACGUGGACGUGAAGCCUCCGCCAGACCUGACCAUCCUCUCCACCCGUGUGGGGGUGGUGCUAGGAGGAGAGGGGGCGGAGGAGGAAGAUGAGGACUUGGGCAGUGUCCAUGGUUAUGAUGGCUCCCUCUCUCCCUGCCCAUCCUCUGUCGUCCUGCCCCUCUCCACCUCACCCGUUCCACUGCAACGUGACCUUUACCCUCAUGACCACUACCCCCGCUGUGACCCUGACAGGCUCCGUCCCCUUCAGCUGGCCAUGGAGGAGCAUGAGCAGGUCAUGACCAAUCACAGAAAGAUGGGCGUAUACCUGGAGGAGAAGAGGGAGGGGCUAAAGAGGAAGCAGGAACUGGAGGAGGAGCUUCUGAGAGCAAAAAUCAAAGUAGAGAAACUGAGGGCAGCCAGGCUGAGACGCGGACUACCACUGCCCCUAUAACUA